CCUCCGACUAUAUAUAACGGUGCUCUCCCUAGUCCUCGGUUCCUCUUGCUAAAACCCUAACCCUAAAAUCCCUACACUCUCCAAAACCCUAAACCCAUGACCCUCCUCGACUCGAUCACUGCCGCCGCCGCCACCGCCGCCGGAGAUGGCGCCGGUGAGGCCCUCUCCGCCGCCUUCGACUUCCCUAUCGUCCUCAACCCCGACGACAUCAUCCCCCACCUCCCGCCCCUCCCCCAAACUCCCAGUGGCGACGCCUCCCUCGUCAAGCGCGUCUCCGGGUGGCGCAUCUCCCCCUCCGACGCCGACCUCGCGGACCUCUCCGCCCGCCUCGCCAAAACCCUAGUCCGCAAGCUCGGGAACCCCAGAUCCCUCGACCGCGCCGACUUCCUCCGCCUCCUCGGCUCGUUCCUCGCCCGCUGCGCCGAAAGGAUCGGCCUUUCGAUCCAAUCCGAGCCCUCGGCAACUUCAGAUGAGGCUUUCGUGCGUUUGGGUGUCGGAAAGUUAGGGUUUUUGAUCGGGCGGGAGCUCGCAAGGCUCAUCGCCGAAUCCUGCAUCGUUCUCGAUCUGUGGGGGGUGUUGGAAACUCUAAUUUCAAAUGGUAUCUUGGGGCGUGUCAAUUCGGUUAAUUUGGUCGAGAAACUCGUUGAGAAGAAGCAAUCGGAGCUUCUCGCUCUCUAUGUUAAGCACGUUUCGGACCUUCGAUCGUCGGAACUUGUUGCAUUAUUGAAGUAUUACCUAUCCCCCUCUGAGGAUUCUUACGAAAGUAUGAUUGGGAUGAGGAAGAAAUUGGAAAAGGAGGCUUUUUUAGCCAUCCAGAAGGCGACUACUCAAACGGGUUUGCCUAAAAAGGUAUCGAAUUUGGCUAGAGACGCUUCAGUUGUUCUAAUGAUGGCCCAUGACGGGUUCUCCGCUCCAGAAAUUUGCUUACAUUAUGUGCUCGGAUCGUCUAAUGUCGAUGGGCUUGUGAUGUCCUCAGCGAUCUCACAGCUCGAUGGCUCGGAAGUUUUAACUUUGAUUAGGUAUUGUAUGAAGUGGUUGGAGAAGUACAAGAAGUUUCCGGAAGCAGGGCCGUGCCCUUCGGCGGGGGCUGUGUUGGGAUUGAGCGUAUGCGAGAGUAUUCCUUCGCUCGAGAGUGUCGUGAGGGUUUUAGGGCUGGUUUUGGAUGUGCAUUUCUCGUAUUUGGUGUUGAAUUCAGCAUUCCAUGAUGAGGUGAGAGCUCUGGAGGAAAAAGUUAGCUCUUUGGCGUUGGAAGCUGAUUUGUGUUGUUCGUUGGAUGAGGUUGUCAAGCACUUGCAAGCUGAAGCAAGUAGGGAAAGAGGUUUGUGACUUGAGUUGUACCAGAGCUUGUUCUACAUCGGUAAUGAUUAUUUCUUUGAAUGAAAUAGUUUUCUUUUUACUUGUUCUCAUAUCGUAUAUUAUUUCUAGUAUAUUUGCAUUAUUUCGGCGAAUCCCACCUCUACAUUAGCAA